UUACAUUCAUUUAUUUAUUUAUAUUAUACGCUUUAAAACGCUUUGAAAAGCCCAAAAUGGAAUUUUAUAAGUGAUUAGGCUACAAGAGCACAAAAAAAAUUGAUUACGUAAUCUUUAGUACGUUCUGGUUCGUAAGAGUUCUUGUAAAUGAUAAAACAGCACUCGCUGUAUAUUCAAAUAGGAUCGUGCAGUAUAUGCAUAACAGUUCAUGGUAUAACUUAAUUGGGUCUCUCUCUACCAAGAUUUCUUUGAGUUUUCUGUCUAUUAAAUGCAAAUCAAUUCCCAGCGUCUGUGGGCUGGCGUUGUUCCUUUGGCCAAUAUUUUACCUGCUACCAAGCAAUUUACUCAACAAAGAACGUCUAUAAAUUGAGUUAAAAUGACUGGUCUUCUCACAAGAAGAAGCAACGAAGGAGAAGAUGAAUCGAAGAAUCUUGCUUAUUGUUUUGAUGGCUGUCGUGGUGCAUAGCGCAUUACGAGCAGUGCGGCGGCGAAGAAGAUUUCUCUGCUGGAAUGUGAGGAGAUGUAACGUCACAAUUGUACAUCCUCCCAAAGUGCCAACGGCACCUACUUAUACGCGUCGCCGCCGCAGCGACCGCCGCCGCCGCUGGGGUGGUGGCUGGAACUCGAAUAAAGAGAGCGGCAUGGUAGAAGAUUUAGAAUUAGAUGACAAUUCAGAUAUUCCUGCAAAUGCUGUUGACUUGCUUGAACUCUUCAACGAACAAGAAUAAACAGCAUGGCAGGUCACUGAGAACUUUGACGACGUGGUUAAAUGUCUACUGCGUACAUUGUCAAUGAUUCCGUGCAAUAAAAUAUCAUACAGAUAUUA